AUGUCUGCCUAUCCAGAAUAUUCCUUGGAUGUUGCAAUUGCAGAAUUCUUCUCAGAGACGUCUGCAACUCGUGAAGCAUGCGACACUAAGGCCAAAGACCUUGUUGGGGGGGAAGUUGUCCCUGUGACCGUGCAGGGCAACUGCAGCUACUCGGUCUAUGCUGGACCUGAAUGCGAAUUCGUUGUCCAGUUCCGUCUCAAGUCUUUGAUGCUUAAAUCAGAGAUUGUGGCUCUGGCGCGAGAAAUAUAUGGCUCCCUGGCCCCGAACGCUUCAUUCCACGGACAGUUGGGAGAAGAUGGCAAAGAACCCCUUUUCGUCUAUGUUAUGAAUCGGAUACAGGGUAUCAGCUAUCUGGACUUUGUUCUUGCAAAUGGCUUCCCCAAAAAUUCGGACCGGAACUUCGUUUGGCGAAAAACGCUCAUGAGAGACGUUGCACAUUUCUUUGCCCUCUCAUGGAAAGCCCCUCGAGAGGUUGAUUCAGACUACCGCGAGAAACUACGCCGGACAUAUACCAAGGAACUGCAGCUGCUACUCCACUCUCUACCGCCUCGCUUUCAUCACACCAUACAGAAAUGCCUUGAUUCAAUGGAGGCAAUUCUCUCUCUGCCAAUGGUUCUUCUCCAUCACGAUUUUGGCUCCUGUAAUAUUCUGGUCGAUGAGACGUCUUGCCACCUGAAUGGUGUUAUAGACUGGGCAGAAGCUGAAAUCCGCCCUUUUGGCCAGAACCUUCAUUCUCUGCAAGCUCUUACGGGUGCACUUCAUCUCAAGAACGGGUGGCGGCAAUACGAAGAUUACGGGGCUCUGCAGGACACCUUUUGGAGCACAUUUCGAGACGAAGUUGGAGACUUAUCUGUGGAGACGAUAAGGAACAUUAAGACAGCAAGGAUCAUGGGUUUACUGCUAUCUUCUGGCUUCACUAACCGGCUUGCAAAUAAGCCGGAGCCCACGCCUAUCCGUGACGAUGAGACUGGACGGUACAAUAUGCUAUCUCUAGACGGUUUUCUUGUCAAUCCGAGUACGAGGUUCGAUGACCUCAAUUGAGUGAGAAUAUUUGGGAAAUGGAGGAGUCAAAGGCAUGGAGAGGAACACAAAUAGGAG